AUGUCGGGCAGCGAAGGUGGCAAGAAGUCUUUGAAACAACCCAAGGAGCAGACCAAGGAAGCGGAUGAGGAAGAUAAGAGGAUACGGAAAGAAGAGCCGAAGAAACGCAAGGAGCUCAAAGCGAAGGCCGCAGGGAAGGCUCCGGCCACGGGUGGAAUGAAGAAAUCUGGCCCAAAGUGA